AUGGCGAGCGGCAGCACGAGUUCAAACGUCGUGGGCGUGCACUACCGCGUCGGCAAGAAGAUUGGCGAGGGCAGCUUUGGCGUCAUCUUCGAGGGCACCAACUUGCUCAACCAGCAGCAGGUCGCCAUCAAGUUCGAGCCAAGGAAGAGCGAUGCUCCGCAACUACGCGAUGAGUAUCGCACGUACAAGAUUCUUGUGGGCUGCCCUGGGAUUCCUAAUGUCUACUACUUUGGGCAGGAGGGCCUCCACAACAUCCUGGUCAUCGACCUGCUCGGCCCCAGUUUGGAGGACCUGUUCGACCACUGCAACAGGAAAUUUUCCAUCAAGACGGUUGUCAUGGUAGCCAAGCAGAUGCUCUCACGCGUCCAGACCAUCCACGAGAAGAACCUCAUCUACCGCGACAUCAAGCCCGACAACUUCCUGAUUGGCCGCCCCGGCUCCAAGAGCGCCAAUGUCAUCCACGUCGUCGACUUUGGCAUGGCCAAGCAGUACCGCGACCCCAAGACCAAGCAGCACAUUCCCUACAGAGAGCGCAAGUCUCUUUCCGGAACGGCUCGAUACAUGAGUAUCAACACCCAUCUGGGACGCGAGCAGUCGCGUCGCGACGAUCUCGAGGCCCUUGGUCACGUAUUCAUGUACUUUCUGCGCGGCGGACUGCCAUGGCAAGGUCUCAAGGCCGCUACCAACAAGCAAAAGUACGAGAAGAUUGGAGAGAAGAAGCAGACGACGCCCAUCAAGGAUCUGUGCGAUGGCUUCCCUGAGGAGUUCAACAAGUACCUCAGCUACGUCCGUAACCUGGGCUUCGAGGACACGCCCGACUACGACUACCUACGCGAGCUCUUCACGCAGGCGCUCAAGAGCACCGGAGAGGUCGAGGAUGGCGAGUACGACUGGAUGAAGCUCAACAACGGAAAGGGCUGGGAGGUGCUCAAGUCGCACCCUUCCGCUGCGCAGGCCAUGCAUCACUCAAACGUGAACCCCAACUCGUCCAUGGCUGUGAACCUCCAGGGCCAGCAACACAGGCAGCAGAAGACCCAUCUGCCCAUCGACCACCACCGCUUAAACGAGCCGCUGCCCAAGCCGGGAGCGACGCGCGCCCAGGCCGGACGAAGCCCAAGAGAAAACAUGAACCGCGACUCGCAGGUCAAGAGGAAGAGCAUGGGCGAGCUCGCGCCACCAGAAGGCGCAUCGACGCAGGCUCAGUUCCAGCACAGCCAGCCAAACCUGUCGCAGAACCGCCCAGCCCAGGCCAGCAGCCCAACGCUCCAACAACCCCGGCAACAGGCACCUGAGAAGCAAAGCUUCAUGCAGAAGUUGGCCAACGCGCUAUGCUGCGGCGCCAGCAAGUAG